AUGGCCGGUAUGCCGCACUUCCUCCUCGUGCCCUACCCGGUUCCUGGCCACAUCAACCCCACCUUCCAAUUCGCUAAGCGCCUCAUCCGUACAGGAGCCCGCGUCACCUUCCUCACGACCACCUACGCCCACCGGCGCAUGUUAAAAUCCCCCGCUCCUGACGGUCUAUCCUACGCCACCUUCUCCGACGGCUACGAUGACGGGCCAUUUACCACCGACGACAAGGCCAAGGCCUGGGUCCAGUUCAGGCAGCUCGGUGCGGUGGCACUUGCCAACCUCAUGCAGACCCUUGCUAACGAGCGCCGCCCGGUUACGUGCGUUGUCUACACCCUCAUCCUCUCAUGGGCUGCUGACGUGGCGCGUAGUCUGCACACCCCGUCCGUACUCCUUUGGAUCCAGCCAGCAACGGUUUUCGCCGUUUGCUACCACUAUUUUCAUGGCUACGACGAUCUCAUCGUCAAGGGCAUUGAAAAAGACCCUUCUUCUUCCAUAGAAUUACCAGGCCUGCUACCACUCACCUCCAAAGAACUACCCUCAUUCAUUUUCCCUUCUUACACAAAAAAUUCCAUUUUCUUAGCAUUCAAAGAACAGUUUGAAACGUUGGAUAGAGAAGAAAGGCCACGUGUGCUCGUAAACACGUUCAAUGAAAUUGAGCCAGAUGCGAUCAAGGCCAUCGAUCAGGUGGAUCAGAUAGGUCUGGGACCGCUUAUCCCUUCGGCUUUCUUCUAUGGACAGGAGCGGUCCCACGCUACCGACGGUGGUGAUAUGUACAAGAAUUCAAAAAACUACAUCAAGUGGCUGGACACAAAGCAGGUUUCAACGGUUGUUUAUGUGUCCUUUGGUAGCAUCUGGGUGUUGUCGAUCAAUCAGAAGGUGGAGAUUUUAAACGGGUUGCUCGAUAGUGGCCGUCCGUUCUUGUGGGUCAUCAGGCCCACUGAAAAUGGGUCCAGAUCAGAUGACGAGAAUGAGUUCUGGGAGAAAGUGAGUGUGGCGGAGGAGAGGAAAGAAGCUAUGGUGGUGCUGUGGUGUUCUCAGUUGAAGGUUCUGUCUCACUCGUCUGUAGGGUGCUUUGUGUCGCACUGCGGGUGGAAUUCGACUACGGAGAGCUUGGCUGCAGGUGUGCCGAUGGUGUGUUUGCCGCAUGGCGCUGAUCAGCCGACGAAUGCAAAGAUGGUGGAGGAUGUUUGGAAGGUCGGCGCAAGAGCAAACGCGAAUGGAGAAGGAGUUUUCGAAGGUGGAGAGGUGAAGAGAUGCUUGGAUUUGGUGAUGGGAGGAGAAUGUGGUGAAGAGAUGAGAAAGAAUGCUGUAAGAUGGAGAGAUUUGGCUAGAGUAGCAGUAAGAGAAGGUGGGCCGUCUGAUUGGAAUAUCCGGGCAUUUGUGGAGGAGAUGAGAAGUGAAGGUGGACCUAGAGAAAUGAUGUGA